AUGAUCAUGAAAUUUUUCCUCGGUGUCAUUUUCUGCAUCUCCAAAAUUGCAUUGGAACUUCAUGCUAUCCCAGCACAUCAUCAUCACCGUACUGCUAAAACCGAGAAUGCUGAUCAAGAUAAGUUUUCCUGGUAUACUUUUGCAGAUUCCAUACAAAACGAAUUGAAAACAUUCUACAGUAACCUGAAUGAUGAAGAAAAAAUUCAAUUGAUUAAAUUAGCCCAAACAAGUGCUGAAAAGUUCUCACUUACAGAUAAUGAAUUUUUGGACAGUCUAAAGAAUGAAGCAGGAGGACUUUUCGGCAAGCUAACUGGUCUGAAAGAUUUAAUCAAUGAAAAAUUGAAUACUAUGCAACCGGAAAGUCGGCUCUUCAUUGAAAACCUACUGCGACGAUUUUUGGCAAUUUUUAGUCAGGAUAGUUUAACGAAUAUUUUGAAAGCAUUGAAAGAUUUUGGAAAAGAGAUUAUUGAGAUGUUUGAUGGAUUAUCAAAACCAAUUCAAGAUGAUAUUCGUAAAGCUUUUCCAACACUUGGAACACUUGCUUCAAAUGAUAUUGUUCGUUUCAUAUUACAAAAAUUGGCUGAAUUAAAUUUAUUCUCGACUUUCGAUUUGAUUACUGAUCAAACAAACAAAGAUUCGGGAAAAUUAUAUCCCAGUUCACAAAUAACUGAUGGAAAGGAUGAAUUAUCACCAACCCAAGGACGUUCAUUAGUAGAUGAUGAAGAAGUAUCAGUGAAGAAAGUUAUUGUCGUCAAAUAA